AGAAUUCACAACAGUUUGUCCAUUAACAUGAAGAACUGAACUGGUGAAACAAUUGCGGGAGCAAGCCUGCAACAGUUUCGUCCCCGAGAGGGAAAUGGCGCGCUCGGCAGAGGACCUGCGGCGCGCCAUCAGCGUGUGCGUGGAUGUGGGCGUUAACGCGAACGAUUGCGGCUACUGUGGAGGCGAGGACUGCUCGGUGUCGCACGGCAUGCCGGUCCGCGGCUUGAGCGUCUACCAGUACCAGGAUCUAAUCGACCAGGGCUGGCGCCGUUCAGGCACGUACCUGUACAAGCCCGACCUGCGCGUCACAUGCUGCCGGCCCUACACCAUCCGCCUGGACGCCACACAGUUCCGGCCCGACAAGGUGCAGCGGCGGCUGGUGCGGCGCUGGCGGGCCUUCCUGCAGCAGCCGCCGGGCACUCUACCGCCUGGGGCCAGCAGUGCCAGUACGGCUGAAGACGCGGCGGCGGAGGGCGACGGAGGCCAGGGCCAGGGUCAGGCUCAGGCGGCAAAGACAGAACCAGGAACAGGGGCAGGGACACAGACAGGAACGGAAACGGAAGCGGAGGCAGGAGGGGAGGCGGGCGGCAUGGGCGACGUUGACAUGGGGGAGGGGCCCCCGCGGGCCGGCGCAGCAGCCGCGGCUGCGGCAGCAGCCAAGACGGCUGCUCGGAAGGGCCUGGAGGCGGCUGUGGAGGCAGCUGCAAAUGCCGCGACAGAGGCAGAGGCCGCAGGCGCCGCCGGGGCGGCACCGGGCGCCGGGGCCGGCAAGGCGUGGGGGCCGCCAGCGGCGGGAGGGGCGCAGGCGGAGGCGGAGCGGCUGCGGAUGCUGGCGGAGGAGUUGUUGGCGGCGGCGGUGGUGCGGGCGCGGGCGGCGGGUGAGCUGCCGGUGCCUGUGCCGGUGCCGGCGAGACCGACCAACACCACCGCUGCCGCUGUCGGCGCGGGCGCGGGGGCGGGCGCCAGUGCAGGCGCGGGGGCGGGCGCGAGUGCAGGCACAGGGGCGAGGGCGGGGGCGGGCGAGGUGCCGGUGCUGCGGCUGCCGUCGUCGGGCCUGGCGGUGCGUGUCUGCUCCGCCAAGCAGCGGGCGGCGCUGCCCCCGGAUGUGCGGUUCACCUCCUCUGCGGCGUUUGCCAUCAUGGCAGCUGCAACAGCCGCGGCCUCUGAAGCGAACGUGGGCAGCAUGAGGGCGGCGGCGGGGCCCACGCCGGCGGCAGGGCCAGCAGCAGCGGGAGCGGCGGCGUCAGCAGGAGGAGGGGGCGGGGGAGGGGGUUGUGUGCCCGAGCCGAGUAGGUCCCAAGGGGGAGUGGGAGGAGCAGGGGUGGAGGUGCGGUCAGGGACAGCGGUCGGGCCAGGGCCAGGCUGUGCCGCCUCGGGCCGGCAGGAGGGCCGGCAGGAGGGGCAGCAGGAGGGGCAGCAGCCUACGAGCAAGAGCCAAGCCAAGAAACUGCUGAAGCAGCAGCAGCUGCAGCAGCGGAAGCACGGAGGCAAGGGCGCCGCCGCUGCCGAGGGGAGCGCCGAGGGUGCGGGAGGGGCGCCGCGCGGCGCCAGUGACGCUGGUGACAGCGGCGGCGGUGGUGGUGGUAGUGGUGGCGGCAGCUGCACGGGGACAGCUGCAGCGGCGCCAGGGGUAGAUGCAAAGGCAGUGGCUGCGGCCCUUGCCAGGCACAUCGACGCCCUGCUGCAGGAGGGGCAGCUGGAGGUGGCAGCGGGGUCGGUAGUGAAGAAGGGGGCGGCGGCAGCUGGGUCUACGGUGGCGGCGGCGGCACGGCAGUUGGGGUUGGUAGCUGCGUCCGCAGCCAACGGCCAUGUCAACUUCCACGUGCGAGGCCAGGAGGCGGGGGCGCCUAAGGCGGCGGCGGCGGAGGCGGCGGCAGCAGAGGCGGCGGCGGGGGCAGCAGGAGCGUCGGCGGCAAUGGAAGUGGACAGGGCGGCGGCGGUGGCGACCGGCGUGGCUGGUACAGCCAAUACGGAGGGGCUGAGGAGCACGGCGGGGAGACGAGGGAGCGAGGGCGGCAGCAAGCGCAGCCGGCGGCACAGCGCGGCCAGCGGGUCGGGCGCGGCGAUACCAGCCGCCUCCGCAGCCGCCGCUGCGGCCUCGGGUACCGCUUCCGCUACAACUGCUACUGCUGCUGCAGCUGCUGCUACUGCUACUGCUGCUGCCGACGCGGCUGGCGAGGUGGGGGAGCUGCGGGAGCUGUGUGUGCCGGCGGGGCGGCUGCGCGUGGAGCUGGUGCCGAGCGGCUUCUACUGGGAGGAGUAUCAGCUGUACGUCAGGUACCAGGUGGCCCAGCACGGCGACUCGCCCGACGAGCUGUCGGCCGCCGCCUUCCGCCGCUUCCUGUGCGACACGCCGCUGGCCGCCGUGCCCCCCGCCGCCGACCCCGCCGCGCCCGCCUGCGGCUACGGCUCCUUCCACCAGCGAUACAUCCUGGACGGCAAGCUGGUGGCGGUGGGUGUGGUGGACGUGUUGCCCCGCUGCCUGUCCUCCGUCUACCUCUUCUACGACCCAGACCUAGGGUCGCUGGCGCUGGGCCGCUUCACGGCGCUGCAGGAGAUUUGCUGGGUGCUGGAACAGCGGCAACAGCACCAGCAGCAGCACCAGCACCAGCACCAGCAGCAGCCGGCAGGCAGCCUCCCCUUCAGCCCCACCCCCACCACCACCCCCACCCCCACCUCGCCCGCCUCCGACCUGCGCUACUACUACAUGGGGUACUACAUCCACACCUGCGCCAAAAUGAGGUACAAGGCCGAGUACGGGCCCUCCGACCUGCUGUGCCCGCUGACCAAGGUGUGGGUACGCAUCACGCCACAGUUGAUGGCGGCGCUGACAGCCUCCCCCUAUCUGCCCCUAGCCACCCAGCCCGCCGCCGCCUGCUACCCGAACCUGGCGGCGCCGCCAGGCGACCCCGCCGCCGCCCAGCCGCCAGGCGAGCCGCUGCUGCCGGCCCUGGCGGCGCAAGCCGCCGCCCAAGCCGCCGCCGACCAGGCCGCCGCGGACCAGGCUGCAGCGGAGGGCGAGGAGGGCGAGGGGGAGGGGCAGGAGGGCGAGGGGCAGGUGGCGAGGGCGGCGCGGGCCAUGCCGGCUGUGGGGCCGGACGUGUGGCAGACGUUGGUGGCGCUGUCGGGGCCGGGCGCACAGAGCUCGCGGCCCAUGCCGCUCCAGAUCCUGGCCCAGUUCGCCGCCAUAGGGCGGGAGCCGCUGCGGCGCCUGGCGGCUGCCAUCGGGACGUGGCGGGCGGCGGUGGGCUGGACCGCGCCCACACUGGCGUACGAGCUGUAGCAGCUGUGGGGGUGUAGUGGCAGGGGGGGACGGUUUGGGGGGAGGGCCGGUGUCGGUGUGUAUAUGUGUGUGUAAGACCGCUGGUGCGAGGUCUGGAUGGCUGGCCGGCGGCAGUGCAAGGGUUCCGUACGGGUCCGGUGCGGCUUUCGUGUCCUCAGGGAGUGCAGCAGGAACGCCGUAAACGGACUUGAUAACGAGCUGGGGCUUCCCUUAGGGUAUGUGGGACUUGCCGUCCUACAGGGAGUCAGGCGGCGGCAAGCGGUGCAUGGCAGGGGAGCGAAAAACCGGGGAGGGUGCUGCCGGGGGGGGAGGCUGCUGCCGGGGAGGCUGCUGCCGGGGAGGAUUCUGCCGGGGAGGGCGCUGCCGGGAGGCUGCUGUCGGGGGCCCGUACUGGCCGUGGGUGACAGCCGGUCAAUGACAAACACACACACAAUGUGCCCGGACAUAAAUGUCAUGGAUGGGGCCACUGGCGUGAAGCUGCAUGGCGGGGACUGCUUGCAUGGUGGGUUGGUGGGGAACUUGACCGCUAUGAACCUAUGACGGAUGGCAACUGAGACUGAAACGACUGAGGGGGGGGUUACUGCGAGAAUAUCUGCUGCACAUCUGCAGUCUGGGCUGGCCGGCUUCGGUCUGCUGCGGGUGCUGUGGCCAUUCGGCUGCUGGCAUGGAUGAGGUGACGGUGAAGCGGUGUGGCGCUUUCGUGCGGGCGCAAGGCCGGAGCGCUGUCCAGCGUGAGGUGACCAUUGCAUGAAGCAUACCGUAUGGUCUAAAGGGCGCGGAAGCUGCUGACGAGCUGCGUCGCCGUCACAAUGCGGGGGCCGGGGGUCGGUGGAUGGGACUGUGGAGGACAGGGUUGAU